AUCGUCCACCGUAUACCUUCACGAUGCCACCAACACUUUCCUCCUCGCUGUUGGCCGUCCGACCAUCUCUCUUAGCCUCAUCUCCCUCUUCCCCAUCCUAGAUCGGCACCCCUUCCUCUCCCGAUCAGGAUUAGCACACGACGCCCUUUCUUCUCCAUCCAACCACACCGCAUCUCCUCCAACCCCUCCUUUUGGGUGAGAAGAGGAGCCCUUCUUCACAUUCCGGUGAUUUUUCCUUCAUCCAUCUCCAAUCCAACAUUCCAGCAACUGUUGCUCCCUACCGACUCUAUUUAUUUGGAGAUCGAUCUAGUUUUGUGGCGACUUACAACAAUUAAAAAAAAGUUUUCUUUGUCCUGCAAGAAGUAAGUCAGGGAAGUUCUGAUCGGAAAGGAGUAAACUAGUUGGCAAAGCUUGAGCUUUUUCUAGUUUUCUCUUGCCAAAAUCCCAUCUGCGGGGAAAUCUGUGGCAUAAGAAGCAUUGUUUCAGCGCUUUGUGGUCUCAGUUGAUGCCAUUGAAUGAAAACUACGGCUUUGGCGACUUAGAUGCAACCAGUGUCGGGAAAAUGGGAAUUCUACUUUGAAGGCACUCCUUAAUCAUUGUACCUUUUCCUUUGCAUGUUUGAGUGUUGAUUUGCUGAUGUCCGUGGUAGCGGAGAAAGCCGAGCCUUUGACCGCCUCUUCAUCUUCUCUAGAGGUGGAUCCACUUCUCAAGGAUUUAACAGAGAAAAAGUUGAUCUUUAAGAAGAACGUAGCUACGUUGGCAGCUGAGCUGAAAGAUGUCCGACACCGCUUGGUUUUGCAGGAGCAGUCUUUUGCGAAAGAGGCCCAUGCUAGGAAGGUAGCAGAGAUGAGAGCAGGGAGCAUGGAAGAGGAAAUAGGCCGGUUGUAGAUGUGCUUGCAAGAGAAGGAUGAGAAGCUCAAUGCAACCUUGAGUACCCCUCAGCAAGUAAAAGCAUUAGAAGUUUUAUGGUAGAUCCUGCCUUGAGCGAUGGCUAAAACAAUGUGGAAAGAAUGUUGGAAAGGAUCUAUUUAUUCAUGUUGUCUAAAUGCUGAAUAAUUUGGUCAUCUUCAGGAAGUGCAAUGUUUAAAGAAGGAAAACAUGUCUCUUAAAAUAGAGAGAAAUGUAUUGCUCAAGGAGAUUAAUAAGCAAAAGAGUGAGCUAGAGAUACAUGAAGCACGGGUAAUGGGAAUAGAUAGAUCCAGUCACAUUGUAAUAGUCUCAAGAAAGUCCCCUGGAAUUGAACGAGAGCAUGUCCUUGACAAGGUUGGCUGGGAUGAGUCAACUUCUGGAGAGAGGCAGCCAAGAGUCUCUCUUUGGGAGAUUGAGCCUUUAACAACGUUUCCAAUGUAUCCAUCUUCCUUUCCACUUAGGCUCAAGCGCCCUUGGCCUUCUGACUUGCCCUCACUACAAGGUGGGAGAGAUGAUCUUAUGUGGCUUCGAGACGGAGACAGAGCAAUCCAGUCUUGGAAUUUCCAGGGAUUCUGUAAUAAGACGUUUACUGAGUGUUAUUUCAAAAGCUAGAAAUAUGAGUGGCUGAAGGGGAAGAGAACACUAGGGAAGAUUUAGUUAAAUCUCUGCACAGAGCAAGAAGGAUAACGUUGGCACCAGUAAGAAGAAUAUUUGUGUACUAUCUAUUACCUUUUGAUGUUGUAAGAAAAAUAGUUAUGUGUAAUUUGUGGAU